CAAAAAAAGAAAAAAACAUGACAUUUUUGGAUUAGAUCCAAUUAUCAAAAUACAUCUUGAUAGGAACUAACAUGCAUGCCUCUUGAUCGAUAUAUAUAUUCCCAUGGAUCGAUUUUUCUUUUUCUUUUUCUAUUUUUUUUUCAAAAAGAAAAAAAUCUAGAUGAAUAUUAUCUAGCUCCACUCUCGAUAUCUCUAUAAAUAACAAACCCUCUUAUCAUGCAUAUCAUAUCGAUCAAACCCUCAAAACAAUUAUAUUACACAAUACAUCAUCAACACAACUAACAACUCCUCUUUUAUUGAUCAUCAUCAUAUAUAAAUGGACAGAAUAAGGGAUUUAGCAUCGAAGAAGGCGGCGGUGAUCUUCACGAAAAGCACGUGCUGCAUGUGCCACAGCAUCAAGGCAUUGUUCUACGAGCUCGGGGCGAGCCCUGCGGUCCACGACAUCGACGACGAUCCAGAAAUGGAGUUGGCCUUAAGAUCAGGCCUUGGCUGCACCCCAACAGUCCCUGCAGUGUUCAUCGGUGGCCAAUUUGUGGGAUCAGCCAAGGACAUCAUAUCCCUCCAUCUUGAUGGAUCUUUGAAGCAGAGCCUCAUUCAUGCCAAGGCCAUCUGGUUCUAAUUGAUUCUAUACAUAUAUAUAUAUAUAUAUAUUAGGGUUUGGGGGAAGCUUGUCAUCAACUGUAAUUAAUUAACUAAAAGGGCUUCCUCCUCCUUCUUCUUGAUUUGAUUUUGGAAAAGUUUGUUGUAACUAAUUAUUAUCAUGUCAGCUCAAGUCUGCUUUUGGUGACUGACUUGUGCUGAUUAAUGAUCAGUGCUCUUCUCUUAUGUUGUGUUAAUGGACAAAAUUUCACUGUUUUGUCAUACUUUUUUUUCUUUUAAUCUGCUAUGGGCCUACAAAAAUUGAAAGAUGUUGGGCCUAUUUUGAUCCAUAUAUGGGCUUUGUAAUUGGGCCGGAUCUUCAUACAGCUGUCUGCCAAUUAAGCCCAAAGGCCCACAUAAAAUGGGCUUUAAUUAGUAGUAUAAGGCCUUGUUGGACUAA